UUGGCUACAUCGGAGGGCGGGGCAGCUGAAGGAGCGAAGGGCCGGUCCCUUCUCGCGGCGGCGGCGGCGGCGCGUCAGCUCCUGAGGGGAUGGGACCGCGCGGGGCCUAGCAGGGCAGCUGCUGCCAUGACCGGAGCAGUGCCCGGGGCCCAGGGAAGGAGCGGCGACGCCCCGGCAGGCCGCCGCUGCCCCGGCUGGAGGCUGCUGGCCUUGGGCCUCCUCUCCGCUUCCUCGGUGCUGGCGGCGGCGCCCGCUGGGCAGGCCAUGGGCCGGGAGGAGAAGCGCCGCCUCGGGAAUCAAGUAAUAGAAAUGUUUGAUCAUGCCUAUAGUAAUUAUAUGGAACAUGCCUAUCCAGCUGAUGAACUCAUGCCUUUAACUUGUCGUGGAAGAGUUCGAGGUCAAGAACCAAGUCGUGGGGAUGUGGAUGAUGCCUUGGGAAAAUUUUCACUGACGCUGAUUGAUACUUUGGACACUCUUGUGGUGUUAAAUAAGACCAAAGAGUUUGAAGAUGCUGUUACAAAAGUGAUCAGAGAUGUUAAUUUAGACAAUGAUAUUGUAGUAUCAGUGUUUGAAACCAACAUCAGAGUCCUUGGGGGACUUUUAGGUGGGCAUUCAGUAGCAAUUAUGCUCAAAGAGAAAGGUGAAGUUAUGCAGUGGUACAACGGGGAACUUCUCCAUAUGGCAAAACUUCUGGGCUACAAGCUUCUUCCAGCUUUUAACACCACCAGUGGUCUCCCAUAUCCAAGAGUGAACUUAAAAUUUGGCGUAAGGAGUCCAGAGGCACGGACAGGAACAGAAACUGAUACCUGCACGGCUUGUGCUGGUACCUUGAUCUUAGAGUUUGCUGCUUUGAGCCGCUUCACAGGGGCAUCAAUAUUUGAGGAAUAUGCAAGGAAAGCACUUGACUUUCUUUGGGAGAAAAGGCAACGCAGCAGCAAUUUAGUGGGAGUCACUAUCAAUAUUCAUACCGGUGACUGGGUCCGCAAAGAUAGUGGAGUUGGAGCAGGAAUAGAUUCAUAUUAUGAAUAUUUAUUAAAGGCAUACGUCUUACUUGGUGAUGACAGUUUUCUGGAAAGAUUUAACACGCAUUAUGAUGCCAUAAUGAGAUACAUUAGCCAGCCACCUCUCCUGCUUGAUGUGCAUAUACACAAACCAAUGCUGAAUGCUCGGACGUGGAUGGAUUCGUUACUAGCAUUUUUCCCAGGUUUACAGGUGCUGAAAGGUGAUAUUAGACCAGCUAUAGAGACUCAUGAAAUGCUGUAUCAGGUGAUAAAGAAGCAUAACUUUCUUCCAGAGGCUUUCACUACAGACUUUCGAGUUCAUUGGGCUCAGCACCCUCUCCGGCCAGAAUUUGCAGAGAGUACAUAUUUCUUGUACAAAGCCACUGGAGAUCCCUACUACCUAGAAGUAGGAAAAACACUAAUUGAGAACUUAAAUAAAUAUGCACGUGUGCCUUGUGGAUUUGCUGCUAUGAAGGAUGUUCGUACUGGAAGCCACGAAGACAGGAUGGAUUCUUUUUUCUUAGCUGAAAUGUUCAAAUAUUUAUAUUUGCUCUUUACUGAAAAGGAAGACCUGACUUUUGAUAUAGAAGAUUAUAUCUUUACUACAGAGGCUCACUUACUACCUCUUUGGCUGUCUACUACAAACCAAACCGCACCUAGGAAAAAUAUUACAACAGAAUACACAGAGCUGGAUGAUAGUAACUUUGACUGGACCUGCCCUAACACCCAAAUCCUAUUUCCCAAUGAUCCUAUGUAUGCGCAGAGUAUCAGGGAACCUCUAAAAAAUGUGGUGGACAAGAGCUGUCCCAGAAGUGUCUCAAGAGUGGAAGAAAGUUUGAGUAAUGGACCCAAGCCCCCACUGAGAGCCAGGGAUUUCAUGGCCAGCAAUCCUGAGCACUUAGAAAUAUUGAAGAAAAUGGGAGUCAGCUUGAUUCAUCUCAAAGACGGAAGAGUCCAGUUGGUGCAACAUGCGAUCCAGGCAACAAGUUCCCUUGAUGCUGAAGAUGGUUUACGAUUCAUGCAAGAAAUGAUUGAGCUAUCCAGUCAACAACAGAAAGAGCAGCAACUACCUCCUCGUGCCGUUCAGAUAGUUUCCCAUCCAUUUUUUGGCAGAGUAGUCCUGACAGCCGGGCCUGCACAGUUUGGGAUGGACCUGUCCAAACACAAAUCAGGGACAAGAGGAUUUGUUGCAGUCAGUAAACCAUAUAAUGGAUGCUCUGAGAUCACCAAUCCUGACUCACUGAAGAAUAAAAUUGCUUUGAUGCAAAGAGGGCAGUGCAUGUUUGCGGAAAAAGCACGCAACAUCCAAAAAGCAGGGGCCAUAGGUGGCAUAGUUAUUGAUGACAAUGAAGGCAGCAGCAGCGACACGGCUCCCCUCUUCCAAAUGGCAGGUGAUGGCAAGAAUACAGAUGACAUCACCAUCCCCAUGUUGUUCCUCUUUAAUAAAGAAGGCAGUAUUAUUCUUGAUGCCAUCCAGGAAUACGAAGCAGUAGAAGUGUUGCUUUCCGAUAAAGCAAAAGACAGAGCAACUAUAUUUAAAGAUAAAAUGAUUCCAAACUACAUUAUUGAUAGCAAUUUGGAAAUGGAAAGUAUGGAUCAGAAGUCAUCAGACAACGACUCUCAUAAUGAGAGGUCGGAAGAAAUCUCAACAGAUUUGAACUUGGUGCCUCAAGAUCCCGAAGAAGAAGGUGGCUUGAGUUCACACGCAGAGUUGGACAGCAGCCGUGUUCCUCUUCCGGAUGAGGAUUCUUGUAUCCCCAAACUACAAGAAACUAGUAGUAACAAUCCAGUGUCAGAAUUGGAUAAUCCAAUUGAGGAACAAUCCAAUAUUGAGACAGAUUCCAAUCCCAGCAAUAGCUGGGAUAAUAAGGGCCAGUCUAUGGACUCAAUAUUAGCUGAUUGGAAUGAAGACAUAGAAGCAUUUGAAAUGAUGGAAAAGGAUGAACUAUAAUUUGAAAUAAUGUGCACACCGGACUACGAAGUGGCGAACUUUGUGGAGGAUCGUGAGGCCCUGAAAAUUAAAUGGAAUUGUUCGGUGUUGUGACAGCUAGCCAGGUUCGAUCGGCACAAGCCAGCAUGUGUUGUAAUUUUUUUUUGUUUGAUUUCCCUGUUUUUUAAAAAAUGGGAAAGUGCAAUUGAUCCAUUGGCAGGGUUCCUUUGCAUGGUUCCGUAACGCAGGACAUCCGUUUGGGGAAGGAGCUUCUUUCCUCCCAUGUCCGGAUUGUUGUGAGAUUGCUUGCCUUAGCCUCACAGAGUCUCUGUGGUGAAUAGUGGCAUGUCGUCUCGGCGCGUGAAGGCUCCAGGCCAGCUGUGGCAUCGGCACUGUUUCGAGGGCCUAUACUGUAUCGCAAAAGCCUUUACGAAGACAUGGUGGAAGGUACUUCAGGCUGUUGUGCCUUUACAAUGAGGGCAGAACAACAGGCAACUGUGAUUUGUCCGGUGCCACUUAAUAAUCGGAAGUGUGCUGUAUCUCCUUAUCACUUCUUCCAUUUAUUGCUUUGAAGAAUGACUAAAACAACAUGGAUUCCCCCCCCCCCCCCUUUUAGGUUCCUAAUUCAAGUCAAAAUAGUUUGUAAACCAAAGGUAAUGUCUCUAAAAAUAUAAUUUUAAAAACUUGAAUCUAGGUCAGUGAUGGGCAAUCUUUUGAGCUUGGUGUGUCAAAAUUUUCCAAAAGCCUGAGCAUAACUUGGGUAGAGUGUCACUUCGAGAAAAAAAACAUAAAUUUGCAAUAUUUAUAGUUUAAAUAAGAAAAAUGUAUAAUCCAUGUUGAGUUAUGCUCAAGCGUGCAGAUGUUAAACUUGCAGAGCCUUUUACAAAUUUAAGGAUGGAAUUAGAUUGGCUCUUAGAAGGUGUAUUUCUCUGUAUGUGGCCGCAUAAAAGAGUGUCAUCAAAAAUAGCCAUGCGUGUCAGUGCUGAAACGCGUGUCAUAGGUUCACCAUCACGGAUCUAGGUAUUGGGGGUGGACCUCUUUUUUUUACACUCCCGUCAAUUUGAAAUUUCAGCAUUCAGUCAAAACUAGCAUCCUAGCAGUUUCUGGAAAGGUAGCAAAGCGUUCUGUGUGGAGAUUGGACUAGUUUUAUUUCAAAGCCUUAUAUCAGUACCAUCCUUAUUACUGCACACAACAUUUCUUGUGUCUCCCCUUUGGACAAAAGGGCCAGUCUCUUUGUUACCUAAAAAUAAUGUGUCCCUAGCGUAGUGUGAAGUCAAAGAAAAACUGGUAUCACAUGUAGAUUCUUUCUAACUUGUAGUAGGAGUUCUAGCAAUCAUGUCGAAUAAUGUCUUAAGUUUAAAAUGAGGAUCCUUUUGAAAAACUCAAAUGUAGCAGAAAGAUUGAUUAAAAAAAUAGUGGUGGCUAAAGCAAGACUUCCAGACUUUGCUUAUUUAUAUCCAGUCAUUAAUUAGUUUCAUUUUUUAUCGUUUUUUGUUCCUGCUGUUUGCAUUAGGAAAUUUCACAUGGCAACGUUGUGUGCUUUGCCUCGUUCAGGCACUUUAUGUACAACUGGUUUUAGCGAAGGAGUAACAGGAUGUGCCACGUAAGGAAGGGAAGCAAGAAUGUUUUGGGGAUGGAUUGUUGUGUCCCUCUUUAGGACCCUUGUCUUUCCAGGUUUUUGGACCCUCUGAUGUAGCACUUUACUUUCCCAUAGAAGUGAAUGAUAACCAUUGACUGCAUAUGACACAAAGUGAAGUAAUAUAUGUAUGAUGCCACUUCUGUAUCAGCCAAAUCCUGUUAAAUCAGAAGCUGAAGUGCAAUGCUAGUUCUUUUCCUCAGAUGUUCCCGAUUCUUUCUUGGUUCUCUAUCAUGAGUUAAAAUGGGUGAAAAUAUACAUUGGCAUUGGCAUCUUUCUGAGAUCAUGCUAGUCAGGCUCUUGUGCAGAAAGUGAGCUGAAAACAGUGAUGAAUCUUUAACAGAUAAGUGUCCUUCUGACUUUUUUCACAUUUUUUUUUAUUUGCACAUGUUAUAAAUCUUAGAUCUUUGUUGAGGGACUCUGAGUUGAGUUGUAUUUGGUCUUCGGGCUCGGUUUGUAGAGGUUGCAAUAUUCCUCCAUGGGAUUUGAACAAGGGUUUCUCUGAAGUGUCCUUUAGUAGCUCAGGCCCAGAUCGAGAGAAUGUUUGUUUCCGUGUCCUCACAAAAGCUCCAACAGUUUGGGGCCAAGCAUAUGUAACGCACUACAUUUACGUUAGUCUUGUAAAAAUUGCAAAUCAGUAGUUCUGCAUGUUGCGAGUACUAGUGCCACUCAAGCUUUCUUAAAAAAUAUUUACUCUGAUGUAGCCUAACUUGUCAAUCAACUUAUUUUCUUUAGGCCUUGAGGGGAAAAAAUGCUCAUUUGGUGUUUUCUAGUAAAAGUGAUUCUCUAAAUAUCUUCACAAAACAUUUUAGGCAGAACUAUCCUGGCUUGAUACAACCACCACUAAAUUUCCAUUCCUUCCUACCAAUAAUUUAUUAAGAGUUUGCACUACUUGCUACUACUUGUACAUAGUCCACAAGGUGGGAGUUUCGGUUGUCGGGGAUUGAGCAUGUGCAAGUGGUUUUAAGUUUUUGUAAUUGAUUUCAGGGAUUGUUGAAAGACUCCCUUGCCAUUCGAAAGGAGCAUCCGGAAGGUGGUAGUCUACCUCAGAUAUAGGUUGCCCUUGUUUUGAUACCUUAGUUCUUCAUCACAGCCAUAAGCUUGUUUCACAAUAACGAAAGGUUUACAUGUCAUCAAUUAGAUUUGAAAAUGGUGUUUAGGAAGGAGAUUAUGUAAUUAUGAAUCAAUGUCUUCAUAUCACAGCAGAAACCCUUUUUGGACAGGCGUUGCCUUGCACCUGUUAGGUGAGGCGUGUAAGUCUUAGGCUCUGGCACACCUCCACCCCCAAGGAGAACGUAAUCCAGGACCUGGCGUAAUCAUGGGUCCAUCUUGGAUUUUUCUGCACCUGCAUGCCUUGGGUGCCUCUUUUGAUGGGGUUCCUUAGAGCAGAUGCAUAGAGAUCCCGGGAUCCCCUGCCGCCAGGACAGUUGAGGGGUCAUUCUGUGAAUGCAUACCGUACAUCCAGAUUUUUUAAGACUUUUUACCAGCCCAAUUUACAGCCAUAUAUUUUCUUAUGAUGUAAUUUAUGAAAAGUCUAAAGGGGUGCUGUAACACUACUGUUGUGGGGUUUUUAAUGUCUGGUGAUUUAAGGUGUGUACAAAAUUCCUAAGGGCAACUGUGUACUGUGAUGUAAAAGUCUGAGCUCAAAAUGUACAUAAUCUUUGUAUAUAAAAUUGUGUACUUGAUUAUAAUUACUGAUUGUAAAGAUUUAAUAAAACAUGUAAAUAUUCUGGUCAGAAUACAA